CGCCCUUCAUAAAGCCGAUCUGUGACUGUGACAUUUGGGCUCAGUUCAGCCGGAGGUUUUCCACAGUCACACACAAACACACACGCGCUCUACACUCGUCACAAUGGGACUGACAAGCGACCCGAACUUCCAGAAUCUGGAGAAAUGGUACAAAUCCAACGCCGCCAAUCUCAACAUGAGGCAGAUGUUCGAGGAGGAUAAAACCCGAUUCCAAAAGUUCAGCCUAACAUUAAAAACAGACGAAGGAGAUAUUUUGCUGGAUUACUCCAAAAACCUCAUCAAUGAAGAAGUUAAGAAGAUGCUCGUGGAGCUGGCAAAGUCUCGAGGCGUGGAGGCGUCCAGAGACAAGAUGUUUUCAGGAGAAAAGAUUAAUUUCACUGAGGGUCGUGCUGUUCUCCAUGUGGCUCUGAGGAACCGCUCAAACACUCCUAUACAUGUGGACGGGAAAGACGUGAUGCCGGAGGUCAACAAGGUUCUGGAGAAGAUGAAAGGAUUCUGUCAUAAAGUCCGCAGUGGCGAGUGGAAGGGAUUCACUGGGAAAUCCAUCACGGAUGUGGUUAAUGUGGGCAUUGGUGGAUCUGAUCUGGGUCCGCUAAUGGUGACCGAGGCUCUGAAGCCGUACUCUAAAGGCGGCCCGCGGGUCUGGUUUGUGUCAAACAUUGACGGGACACACAUCGCUAAAACUCUGGCUGAACUCAACGCUGAGACCACACUCUUCAUCAUCGCAUCCAAGACAUUCACCACUCAGGAAACCAUCACAAACGCUGAAUCUGCCAAAGAGUGGUUUCUGCAGGCCGCUAAAGACGCAUCAGCAGUAGCCAAGCAUUUUGUGGCGCUCUCUACAAAUGGACCCAAAGUGAAGGACUUCGGCAUCGACCCGGAGAACAUGUUUGAGUUCUGGGACUGGGUCGGUGGACGAUACUCCCUAUGGUCUGCCAUUGGACUGUCCAUUGCACUUCACAUCGGAUAUGAGAACUUUGAGAAGCUGUUGGCUGGAGCUCAUUGGAUGGACACUCAUUUCCGCACGGCUCCUGUAGAUCAGAACGCACCCAUGCUGCUCGCCCUUUUGGGAAUCUGGUACAUCAACUUCUUCCAGGCGGAGACUCACUGUCUGCUGCCGUACGAUCAGUACAUGCACCGCUUCGCUGCUUAUUUUCAACAGGGUGACAUGGAGUCCAAUGGAAAGUACAUCACGACUAAAGGCACGCGGGUGAACUAUCACACUGGACCCAUCGUAUGGGGAGAACCAGGAACUAACGGACAGCACGCUUUCUACCAGCUCAUCCACCAGGGGACUCGAAUGGUUCCUGCUGACUUCCUCAUUCCUGCCCAAACUCAACAUCCAAUCAGAAACAGCCUUCACCACAAGAUUCUGUUGGCGAAUUUUCUGGCUCAAACUGAGGCGCUGAUGAAGGGGAAAACAACAGAAGAGGCGAAGAAAGAGCUGGAGGCGGGAGGACUGAGCGGAGACAACCUGGAGAAAAUACUACCGCACAAAGUUUUCCAGGGAAACAAGCCAACAAACUCCAUCGUCUUCAAGAAGCUCUCUCCGUUCACUCUGGGUGUGCUGAUCGCCAUGUAUGAACACAAGAUCUUCAUUCAGGGCGUCAUGUGGGAAAUCAACAGCUUUGAUCAGUGGGGGGUUGAGCUGGGUAAACAGCUGGCGAAAAAGAUCGAGCCGGAGCUCCAGGAUUCAGCUCAGGUCAGCUCUCAUGAUUCCUCCACCAACGGCCUCAUCAACUUCCUCAAAAACAACUUUGCUUGAAGAAGACGCACCCUUCUCAGAAUCCCCCGCAGCCUGAAACAUGAAAACGACAAAUUAUAUAUAUUAUAUAUAAUAUAUAUAUAUAUAAUAUUUUUUAGGGCUGGGCAUCAAUUAAUCACAAUUAAUUUCACUCAAAAUAAAAGUUUGUUUUGA